AUGACAUAUUCGAGAAAAUUACGGAUAACCGUUCCUUGUUCUUCUGCGAACGUUGGACCUGGAUUUGAUGCGCUUGGAGUAACAUUGUCACUUUAUCUUACACUUGACAUUAGUAUAUUCGAACGAACCUCUGAUAAAAAAAAUUAUAAUGAUGAGGUAAUUUUAACGUAUUCCGGCGAAGGUAAAGAUGGAGUGCCCCUUUCCGUCGAAAAAAACCUAAUCACGAAAUCAGCACUUUAUGUUCUCGCAUGUAACAAUAUUCCUGGCUUUACUGCUCCAAUGAACAUUAGUAUUUGUAAUCCAAUUCCGAUGGGUCGUGGUCUAGGCUCUUCAGGUGCAGCAGUUGUGGCUGGUAUUAUGUUAGGCAAUGCCUCCGGAAAUUUAGGGUUAACUAAGGAGCGCAUGCUUGAUUAUUGCUUGAUGAUAGAACGUCAUCCAGAUAAUGUUACAGCUGCUUUAAUGGGUGGAUUUGUAGCCUCGUAUUUAAGGGAGUUAAAUACAGAUGAUACAGGGACUCCACGUUCGGAAGAAUUAGAUGAAAAGAAUGAUACGAUAAAUAACUUUUCGGCACAAAUUGUUUUUAAUUUACAAAGGUUAGCAGUUUUAAUAAUGGCACUAUCUCAAUCACCACCGGAUGCGGAUUUAAUAUGUCAAGCUAUGCAAGAUAAAGUUCAUCAACCAUAUCGUAAACAGCUGAUUCCUGGUCUUUCCGAAAUAAUCACUAAUGUGACACCAACCACACACCCAGGUCUUUUAGGAAUAUGCCUGAGUGGGGCUGGACCUACAAUAUUAGCACUCGCAACGCACAACUUUGAUAGUAUCUCAAAAACUGUAAUAGACAUGUUUGCUGAGAGAAAUAUUGAGACGGUUGUAAAAGUAUUAGAUGUUGUCGAUGAUGGGGCUCAGAUAGUGGAAACAUGUUAG